AUGCCGCCAAAUCCAAGAGUUGCAAAAGCCUUUCGUGCUAUGAAGGUUAUGGGGAUCUCUGAGGACAAGGUGAAGCCAGUACUGAAAGAUCUGCUAAAAUUGUACGAUAAAAACUGGGAGCUUAUUGAAGAGGAAAGUUAUAGAGCCCUUGCUGAUGCUAUAUUUGAGAGAGAGGAAGCAGAGGCAGCAGGGCCUUCAAAGAAGAUUGUGAAUGAUGAAGCAGCAGGGCCUUCGAAGAAGAUUGUAAAUAAUGAAGUAGCAGUGCGUUCAAAGAAGAUUGUGAAUAAUGAACAAGAGGACUAUUUGGAGGAAGAAGCACUGGUGAAUGAGGAGGCUGUACGUCCCUUAAAAAGGUUGCGACUAAGAUACCAGGAAGGUCAACCUUCUUCACAGACAACGUCUACUGCUAGCUUACCGGUAACUCCACUUAUCAUACCUAAAGAAGAAAAGGAUGAGCUACCUGAAACCCGUCUGCUGAAUCAGAAUAAGUCACCCAGCACAGUGGACUCACUUCAGGCCAAUGCUGGUAACGCAUUGCAAGUUGUCGCAUCCCAGUCACUUGGUAAAAAUAAAGGAAAGCAACCUGUUUCUCCUAAGGCUUUGAUGGUCCAAGAAAGAUACGAUCCCUCUCAGCCCAGCAGUGUCGAUAAAAGUAAGCAAAAGGCCCCAUUGAGAACUGAAACCAGUCCUGCUUCCAAUCCAAUGCGUCUGAGAGACAAAGGAAAGGGAGUGGUUACACCUCAAACUCCAUCUGGGGGGAAGAGGCCAGUUUCUGAGAGGCUGUCUGAUGCUGUCCGCACUAAAGAGCCAACGGUCAUGCCUGACGUUGUGUCACUGAAAGAGAAGGCCACUGCAAGUCUGGCUUUAAUUAAGCCUAAAGAUGAGCCAAACACAGAUGACAUGCCACAGUUAAACAUUUCUACUGCAGUCAUCCAUCCAGAUCCACCAAACAAGGGAGAAUCAUCAAGUAGAAAUGUUACAGUCAGAGAAAAUGAUGGUCCUGAACCCUUAGAAUCACACUCCAUGAUUGAAAAAGUUACAGCUGAUGGAACUUCUGCUUCAGAAAAAACUAGAAACAAUGGCGAUCUGGCUAUAAUCUCAGAUGCUCUAGGUGCUACAGGCUUGUGCUUUAGUUCUUUGAAUGGUUCAGUCAGUCCUCAAUUUGAUGAGGAGGUUGCUUUUCCUCAAACGCCACUACUGCCUCCACCUUGCCAUGGCGAGGAUGAUGGUACACAGUCUAACAAUAUGGAUAGUGGAGAUGACGGCGAGAAACAAAAAGAUGACACUGAGGAUGGUUUUGAAGAUACAAAUUCCCAGAGUUUAGUGGUCGUUCAGCAGCAUCAGUUGACCCCUGAAAUGACAAGGCCACUCAAUGAUGUCAUUGACAUAGCAAAGGGACAAGAAAGAGUGGUAAUUACACUGGUGAAUGAAGUCAAUAAUGAGUUUCCACCACUUUUCUACUACAUACCCCAGAGUGCAGUUUUCCAAAAUGCACGUGUGAAUUUCUCUCUGGCUUGUAUAGGUGAUAGUAAUUGUUGUUCAGCUUGCUUUGGUGAUUGUCUAUCUAAUUCCACACCUUGUGCAUGUGCACAUGAAACCAGAGGCGAGUUUGCUUACACAGCAGAUGGCUUUGUCAAGGAGGAAUUUCUUGAAGAAUGUAUUUCCAUGAACCAUGAUCCUGAAAAGCACUGCCAGGUUUUCUGCAAGGAAUGCCCAGUGGAAAGAUCAAAAACUGAGGAUACCAUUGAAUCUUGCAAAGGUCAUCUGGUAAGGAAGUUCAUCACGGAAUGUUGGUGGAGAUGCGGCUGCAAUAAACAAUGUGGCAAUCGAGUGGUGCAAAGGGGCAUAAGUCGUAAUCUACAGGUGUUUAUGACCUCUGAAGGAAAAGGUUGGGGGCUACGUACCCUGGAGGACCUGCCAAAAGGUGCCUUUGUUUGUGAGUAUGUUGGAGAGAUUUUAACCUACGUAGAGCUCUUUGAUCGUGUUUUGAAAAGCCCCAAUGGGGAGGGGAAUUCAAAUCCUGUACUUCUGGACGCUGAUUGGGGUUCAAAAGCGGUUCGAAAGGAUGAGGAGGCUUUAUGCUUGGAUGCAACAAAAUAUGGAAAUGUAGCAAGGUUUAUUAAUCACAGAUGUCGAGACUCCAACUUGGUAGAGAUACCGGUGCAAGUGGAGAUCCCUGAUCACCACUAUUAUCAUUUGGCCUUCUUUACUACGAGAAAGGUGAAUGCCAUGGAAGAACUCACUUGGGACUAUGGUAUUGAUUUUGAUGACCAUGACCAUCUUGUUAAGCCAUUUCGAUGUCAAUGCGGUAGCAACUUCUGCCGCAACAUUAAGCGUUACAGAUCUAAAUCAGCAUCUAGGGGAUGA